AUGGCUUUUUCAGGUCGUCCCAUUAGAAUCGCAGGCGCCUCGGGCUCUGCCUCAGACCGUCGACAUGCAAUUGCGGAAUUUGCACGCCAUUAUCCAACGGACCCGGUGGAUGUCAUCAUCGCCGAUUUCAUGAGCGAGUUCAACAUGGCCACUGCCGCGGGUCGACGAGCGGACCAGGCAGCAUCCUCUGAUGCAGCGGCACCAGCAUACGAUCUUUCAUUCUUGGAGGCAUUGGAUCCGGCACUAGAAGACCUGGCCAAGUAUGGGAUCAAAGUAGCGGUAAAUGCAGGCGUCACGGAUACUAAGGGACUCUACGAGGUGGUCGUAAAGAUGGUCCAGGAGAAGGGAUUGGAUUUGAAGGUCGCAUGGGUCUCGGGAGACGAGGUACUUCCUGCCGUGCAGAAGUCCUUGGCGGCGGGGGGAUCGGAAUUUCACAACAUCUACACCGGGGAGCGUCUGGCAGACUGGUCCUUCGAGCCUAUCUACGCACAAUGCUAUCUUGGAGGUCUAGGAAUUGCCGCUGCACUCGCCGAGGGAGCAGAUCUCGUGCUUUGCGGACGAGUAUCCGAUGCAUCCCCCAUAAUUGGCGCGGCCUGCUGGUACCACAGCUGGCAGCGUGAUGAGCUGGACAAGCUCGCCAACGCCUUCGUCGCCGGCCAUCUCAUCGAGUGCAGUAACUAUGUCUGUGGUGGGAAUUUCACAGGUUUCAAAGCCCUGGAACAGGGCUGGGGCAAUAUUGGAUAUCCAAUUGCUGAGAUCUCCAAGGAAGGCGAUGUAAUCAUCACAAUGCAAAAGCACGCAAGUGGUGGUGCGGUGACGGUUGAUACCUGCAAGUCACAGUUGCUGUACGAAAUCCAGGGACCUUGGUACUACAACUCGGACGUCACAGCUGUACUGGAUGGCAUCCAUUUCGAGCAGCGAGGUGCCAACCGAGUGGCCGUCCACGGGGUUCGGUCUGGACCCCCUCCGCCCACCACCAAGGUCGGUAUCACUGCUCGCGGUGGCUUCCAGGCGGAGGCUUGGUGGUUUCUCACUGGACUGGAUAUCGAAGACAAAGCGCGGAUGCUGGAGAUGCAGAUUCGCCGGCUGCUGAGCCCGUACUCGAACCGGUUCACCAGCCUCAAGUUCGAUCUCCUGGGUUCCAGUCAGCCUGAUACACGCGAUCAAAACCGUGCCACGGUGCCCCUGCGAAUCGUGGUGCAGGCCCCACGAGCGGAGGAUCUAUCCCCAACGCGGUUCUUGAAACCCAUCACGGACAACAUCAUGGCUGGGUAUCCCGGCGCCACCUUUCACCUGGAUAUGCGCCAAGGCUUCCCUCGCCCCCUCUUCGAGUACUAUGUGACGCUUUUACCGCAGCAGGAUGUGCAGCAUCGCGUACAUCUUCCCUGGAAGCCCACGGCGCGUACUCAGAUUCUCGAUAUUGCCCCUCCACCACUCACCAAGACGUACCCCUCGCGACAACCUUCACAGGCGGUCACGCAUACCGAAAAAGCAGUCGACUUGGCCAGCGAUUUUGGACCAACCAUUCGUGGACCGCUGGGAUGGAUCGUGCAUGCACGGUCGGGAGACAAGGGGGCCGACUCCAACUGCGGCUUCUGGGUCCGCUACAGCGACGAGUACCUGUGGCUCCGCACACUGUUGUCGGUGAGCACGGCGCGGGAAUUGCUGGGUGACACGGGCCGCACUCAGUCGCAGCUAGCGAUCGAGCGUUUCGAACUGCCCGGUCUCCAUGCGGUACACUUUUUAUUCCGUAACUUAUUGGAUCGAGGGGUCGGAGUGACCAGCACCGUGGACGUGCUGGGGAAGAAUGUCGCGGAAUUUGUGCGGGCGCGGCACGUCGAUCUCCCCCUGCGCUUUCUGAACCGGGGCAAACUGUAA